CACCCCUCCAGCUACUUGCCUGCCAGUUGUGUCCCGUGCCGCGCAUACUCCGCUGUGUGCGAGAGAGAUAGGCGCGCAAUGCCGCCGCUGGUCCGAGAGCUUCGGAGGCGCGCGAGGAGUGCGUGCGCCCGCGCAGCUGCUCACUCGCUCAUCUAAUCUCGUUUGAUUCUUUUCAGGCCUCCGACGGCGAGAUGCAUAAAAUAAGCUUGUUUGCCAGUUUGACAUCAAACCUUCAGCCAGUGAAAGAUAAUCGAGCUCCCUCUAGAGCAGGGUUGUCAAACCCAUUUCCUGGAGGUUUCUGCGGUUUGGAUUUGCGCGGCUGCCGAACGUGUUCCCUGCAGGAGCAGAAGGAGGAUCUGCGGAAGCGCCUGACCUAUACUACACACAAGUUAGAAAUGUUAGAGUCCGAGUUUGAUUCAACUCGUCAGUACUUGGAGACUGAACUACGAAGAGCUCAGGAAGAGCUGGAGAAGCUGACAGAAAAACUGCGUCGCAUACAGAGCAGUUAUGCAUCCCUGCAGAGGAUCAACCAGGAACUUGAAGAGAAAAUUCAAAGAACGUCUCAGCACCAUGAUGAUGAGAAGAGAGCUCUAAGCCAUGAGAUAAUUGUCUUGAACAAUCACUUAAUGGAGGCCAAGAUAACAAUAGAAAAACUUCGAGAGGAUAAUGAACUCUACAGGAAGGACUGCAAUUUGGCUGCUCAGUUGCUCCAGUGCAGCAAGUCUCAUUACAGGGCUCACAAGCUCUCGGAGCUCCCUGUAGACUUCCAAGAGCGUGUGAGCCAUCACAUGGAGAAGCAUGGCUGUGGCAUCUCACUUCCACUCUGCCAUUCCCCCUACUCUGACACUGUGCCUACUUCAGUCAUUGCCAAGUUACUAGAGAAACCAGAGCCCAGCAGUGCACCUGGCUCACACACCUCCAGUCCUUUGUCCAGGGACACAAACCCAUCCCACAACCAUAUGGGCAGCUCAGAGAAGCUGAGUCGCAGGCCUGUUUACAAGUCAGACUUGUACUGCAGUGACACAGCUCUCUACUGUCCUGAUGAACGAAGGAGGGAAAGGCGACAGAGUGUGGAUUUGCAUGUGAAAGAGCCUGCAAUAUUCAGGCCACAGAACUCUACAGACAGCAACACUGAAGAGGAUGGCUUCCAUUCCAGCUUCUCCCAUGAACCUUUUACUGAAUUCAUCACAUCACUGCCUGCUUCUAGCUCUUACUCCAGCUUUAGUGUGGGCUCUGAUGAGAAAGGGAAUGCUCCUAGCAGCACGGUCUCCUCAUCUCACCAAGCCAUCUACAUGGAUUGGAGAGAUGAGAAUUAUGAAAGGAAAAGCAACUCUUCAUAUGAGAAGGAGAGCCCUCUUUUUCCCAAGUCCAGAAGCUUCCAGCAAAUACUGCAUGACCACCAGAGUGGCACAUCUCCAGUUUACAUGAGGACUAUCCCUGUGAGCUUCAGCGAAUCUUUUCCUUCACCAAGUAUACGUUCCUCGCAUGUGUUAGGACAUACAAAGAUUUAUAGUGACAGCAGGAACAGUGUCAACAGUCCAGAGGAGGACCUGUCCAGCUGCUGGAGGCAGUUGAGUGUUGAAGACAUUAAUGCAUAUUCUUACAGGAAUCCUGGAAGGAUUUCCCCCUACAGCUUUUCAGAGCAGCACUUUGCCAUGGGUCCUAUGAAAAACAGGUUGGGCCACCUGUAUAGUAGCUUCCAAGAGGGUGAUGACGUCUAUCAAAACAGGCUAAUUGACCCUUGCCUGCUACCUGCCAGUCCCAGUCCAGAGCAUGGCAAAGCACUCAUGUACCAGGCAAAAGACGAUGAGCAGAAAUCUGAGAGAAGCCUCUUCCACUCCGGCUCCCAGGAGAAGGGGAGCAGUAGCAGCAGUGGUGGCGCCAAGAAAGAGUAUGUGGAUGUCAGCCCCAACAGCUCAGCCGAGUCCCUAAACCAAAGUUCUUUAGAGGCUUCAGACCUUUUAAAUUAUUCAGUGGAGCUGGAAACAUCUUCCCUGGUGAGCAGCAAACCAGCACUGUACCAAAAAUUUGGCAGCACAGGACUCUGCAGGAAGGACAGUCUCACCAAGGCACAACUGUAUGGGACUUUGCUAAAUUAAAUUUUCCUUUU